UAAACUCCCCUCGUUUUGCAGAAUUGGGCUUCCCUUUCGUCUCGCGCCCUCCCUGUUUCCCCUCCUGGUGGUCAAUAGAAGUAUUCGCUGGUGAGGGGCGUCGAUUUAUUUUCGGUAUGUCGGAAACUCUGGGAUUGACAGCAGCCACAGCUGGCUGCGUGAUCGCCGUGUCUCACUCCCAGGUUCCCGGCGAACCUUGGAGCGGCAGUGGCGUCCUCCUGAGUCGAGACCCGGGCGUUGUUCUUUGCCAUGGGAUCAUCUUUUCCCCUUUCCUCCUGGAAUCUGAGCACCCGGACUGGUCUCAGGGCAAAGUCCUGCUAGCUGAUCGCUUCUUCCCGGGCCUCCGGAUCCAGGUGCUUAGGACCAGUGGAUGCAGCGGCCGAGCGAACCGGAGUUGUCUGGGUGGAGACGUGGGGGAAAGUAACCCAGCGCUGAGGUUCAACCCACUCUCCAGUCGGCGUCAAUCCCCCCAUGGCUCCCGAGACUGUGAAGCUGAGCUCCUGAUGGUCGUCCCCUGCCCGCAGUUCCGUGAUGCGUUCUCCAAAAUCUUCAGUACUUCAGAUCAAUGGCAUUUUGCAGGGAAUGACUUUGAGCAGGAAGUCGACACUUUUGAGCACAACUUGCGUUUCUUGCACUGGUUUGCUCUGCUGAGAAUUCUGGAUCCUGAUUGUCAUGGGGCAAGUUGGGCAAACUGUAUUCCAGCCAGAUCCCUCAGGAAGGGUGAUACUGUCUUUACGUGUGGCUCUCCUUUUGGGUCGUUUUGCCCAGACAUUUUCAUGAAUACCCUUAGUAAAGGGAUAGUCAGCAACAUGGCAGGAGCAGGCAAUGCCCUCAUCUUGAUUGAUGCGCGUUGCUUGCCUGGCACUGAAGGAGGAGCUGUCUUUGUAAUGUCAGGAAUCGGUCCUCACCUAGUUGGAAUAAUUGUAGCUCCGCUUUGCUGGAAAUCCACUGAGUGGGUUGGCUUGACUCUGGUUUGUGCCAUUGACUCCAUUCUGGAGAGUGCUGGGAAAAUCCUUUCUGGGCCUCAUGGUUUUUUGAAGCCUUGGUUGCUCCCCAUGGAACUUGUGACUAGAUCACAUGGUAUGAUGGUAGUCAGAAAUGGGCUGGACAGGCAGCUGUUGGAUGCUGUGGUUCUGGUGGAAUGUGGACCAACCUGGGGGUCUGGGGUGAUGAUGAAUUCAAGACUAUUGUUAACCUGUCGGCAUGUGGUCAGUGGAGCAUCAAAGGUCUGCGUAAGGUUUCUAACCAGUCCCAACAAGGACUCUGUAGUGAAAGGAAAAGUAGUGUUUGCAACAAAGGACUCUUCUCCCUAUGAUGUUGCACUGGUGGAGUUGGAAGAAAGUUUAUCGGCAUUUCUGGAGCCUGUUCUAGCGUCAACAUUUCAUCCAGGAGAAGAUGUGAGCAUUGUGGGCUUUGGUGUCUUUGGUCAGGCCUGUGGACCGUCUGUUACAUCGGGAAUCCUGUCGGCAGUCAUCACCGUGGAAGGCAAGCCGGUGAUGCUCCAGGCAACCAGCGCGGUUCAUAGUGGCUCAAGUGGAGGGGCCCUCUUUGGCACCCACAGUGGGAAACUUCUAGGGAUUGUUGCCAGCAACACGAGGGAUAACAGCAUCAGAGUGACGUACCCCCACCUAAACUUCAGCAUCCCCAUUACAGUCCUGCAGUCAGCCAUCUUGGAAUAUAUCCACAAGAGAAGCCUGCAUGGCUUUCAAGAACUAGACAGGGCAGGAGAAAGAAUUCAGGUUGUCUGGAGGCUCCAAAGAGAUCCCGUGGAAGUUCCACUGAGCAAGUUAUGAGGAUUUUCACUGAAUGAAGACGAGUAGAAGAGGAUCUACUGUGCUGGGCUAAAGUGCUUCUAUUGCUGGGUGGUCAACUAAGUUUAUGGAAUUCUCUCAUGUAUUUGAGUAGCUUUCUUAGCUAGGCAUUUAGUUUGAUUUCAACAACACCCACUUGGACUUCCUGCCCUAAUUUUCCAUUAUAUCCCUGCCAGUGUCUUUCUUGUUCAAGCAACCAGCUUAUCCCCUUAUGUACUGCAUGUCUCCAUUGCUCCUUAUGCCUGGAGUUCUUUUUCCGAAUAUCUUCCUUCAAAUCCUUUGUAAAAGCUCGCUUGUUCCAGGGAAGUCUCUGCAACCCCGUACUUUUCUAUCAUCCCAUUCCUAGAAGACACCUGCCACUGAAACAAAAGAUACAUGUAUGGACUGCGUCUUUCCCUUUUCUUCCCAUUGUCUUCCUGAAUAGUUGAAAUGUAGGUUUACUCUGGAAGAACAGAUCUUUUCUUCUCAUGGUUAUGGUGCUAUGUAAAUAAAUAAUAACAGAGAGUGGUUUAUCUUUUUUACUGAAUGGUGCAUAGUAUCUUUAUCACUGGAUAUUUAAGUAAUCACUAUUUUAAAUAAUGGUCAAUUUCUCUGUUGCUUUGUUGAGCUUUUUUUUUAAAAAAAACAACAACUUCAGUCAUCUUCAGAGGUUUACAAAACAAGCCACUUGUCUGUAAAAUGGAGUUGCGCAUUUGUUCCAUACAGCAUCUUGGGUUGUUACAUUUGUAACAUACAGCAACUUGGUUUGUUUUUGUCAUGAUGUAUAAACCAGGCUCCUGUGGCUUGUUCAACAGAGUUUGACUUUAGAAUUCGUGCCUUUGUGUGAAUGCAGUUAAAAAUUCAGCUUCACACUCUUGAUUUUCUGUUAAACAAUGUAUUGAUGCUGCCUUUCUCUUGUUCCCCUUAUUAACAUAAUCUCUUAACUCUGGAUGGACACUGCAGUUUCAGAAAUCUUGACUUUUCUUAAUACUGGUUUUCUUUCUUCUACCCCAUUUCAGUACAGUCUAGCAAUAUCCAGCUAAGCAUGGGUUCUUCAUCAGAUCUGACUUCCAUCCAUUAGCUGAAGCAGAAUAACCGAAGUAAUUGUUUGUCAUAAUUAUGAAAAAUAAAUGUAAGCAUGGGGAA